UCGAAUUAUAUCAUUUUGAUAACUUUAUUCUUUUACACACAUUGACAUACACAACACAUAUCUUUGUAAAUCCUCUUUUGAUCAUGCUCUCAGCUUCAAACUCACAGAUGAAGGAGUUCGAUUACAAAGAGCUCAUCACUGCCACAGAUCAAUUCUCUCCUUCUCAACUCAUCGGUAAAGGAAGCCAUGGCUAUGUUUACAAAGCCCUUCUUGAUCAUCACAAAAUCGUAGCGAUUAAAACACCAUCAUCGUUACCAUUGUCUCCUCCAUCAUCAUCAUCAUCAUCAUCGUCGUCGUCAUCAUCAUCAUCAUCAUCGAAAUCAGAACAAACGAAGAAACUAGAGAACGAGAUCAAUGUUAUGUCGUCACUACCUAGUAACCAACACGUUUUGAGCUUUCUUGGCCAUGCCGAGAAAAAGCUCAUGGUCGUCGAGUACAUGCCAAACGGAUCACUACACCACUUAUUACACGUGUCAGCUUCUCCUCUUCCCACUUGGCUUAAACGCAUCGAAGUCGCUCUUCAGAUCGCUCGUGCGGUUCACUUCCUCCACGGAAAAGGCGUCAUCCACCGUGACAUCAAAUCAGAAAACAUUUUGUUCGGUUCGAGUUGGGAAGCGAAGCUUGCUGAUUUCGGACUCGCCGUCGAUUUGGAAGAAGGUGAUAAGAUGAGACCGGCGCCGGCGGGAACUAUCGGAUACUUAGAUCCGUGUUACACGUCACCGGAGAAUCUUAGUACGAAGACUGACGUUUACAGUUACGGCGUUGUUUUGUUGGAGAUAUUUAGCUGUAGAAAAGCCAUUGAUGUCUCUCGUUCGCCGUCGUCGAUAGUGGACUGGGCGGUUCCGUUGAUCGACGGAGGGAGGAUCGUAGAAAUCUGCGGAAGAGGGGAAGGAGGAGGAUCGGAUGUUUUCCGGGGAAUGAACGUUCGGUUGUUGAGGAUAGCGGCGAGAUGCGUUUCGGGAGACGUGGAAUCACGUCCGUGUUUAGGGGAGAUCACGGCGGAGAUAGUGGCGUGUAUGGCGGAACCGUUGAAGAGUUUGCCGUUGUGGAUGAGCGUUUUGCGUCGGGUUGUUAGACUGAAACGGCGGAAAAAACGGUUGAGAGAAACGCUGACGUGGCCGGGUCAAACAUGCCGGGUUUGGUGACACUUCUUACACUCCAACUCAUUUGGGUAUAUUAUUUACACACCUCCAAUUGAUUUAUUUGAAGUGUGUAACGACAGAUUUUUUGUGAACAGCAGAUUUUCUUAACGUGACAGACUUAUUUAUAAAGUCAUGACAGAUUUUUAUUGUUUUAGUCGAAUUUCUAGGAAUUUUGUGGCAGAUUUUGUAUGAUUGUUGUAACAGUUUUAUUUUUCACUUAAAAAAUCUGUCACAUUGCGACAGAUUUAUAAACGUAAAAAUAGUUGUUAGUUUGACAUCUAGUGGUAGCAGAUUUUUUUUAAGUUAUGAC